UCCGCGGCUCUGCCCGGUGCGUGCGGUCCCGCUCCCCCGGACGGCAGCGCGGCCCCGUCGGGGCGGGCGGCGGGGCUGAGGCUCCGCUCCGUGCCCAGCCUUGCCCCGCCGUGCCCUCGCCAUGCCCAGAGCCUUCCUGGUGAAGCGCCGCAGCCCGCAGCCCGCCGUGCGCAGCUGGGAUGGGCUGCCCGACGAGGAGAGAGCCGACACCUACAUCCCAGGCGGCAUCGGCUGCGUGCUGCUGGGCUACGAGGACAGCUGCAGCCUGGAGAGCAGCGGCAGCAGCAGCGGCGGCACUCGGGACGCCGAGCCCAGCGAUCCCCCGACGCCGCAGGCGGCCCCCGGCGAGCUGGGCACGGGCGGCGCCGUGCUGCUGGACCUGGCCGGCCAGCGGCCCGUGGUCAGGUCAAAAAUCAAGUUCACCACGGGCACCUGCACCGAUGCUGCCCUGCACAGCUGCGAGCUGUGUGGCAAAGGAUUCCGCCUGCAGAGGAUGCUCAACCGGCACAUCAAGUGCCACAGCCAGGUGAAGAGACACUUGUGCACCUUCUGUGGAAAAGGCUUCAACGACACCUUUGAUCUGAAGAGGCAUGUCCGGACCCAUACUGGCAUUCGUCCCUACAAGUGCGAGGUUUGCAACAAGGCCUUCACGCAGCGCUGCUCGCUGGAGUCGCACCUGCGGAAGAUCCACGGCGUGCAGCAGCACUACGCCUACAAGCAGAGAAGGGACAAGCUGUACGUGUGCGAGGACUGCGGCUACACGGGCCCCACGCAGGAGGAGCUGUACCUGCACGUCAGCGGCGUCCACCCCGGCAGUGCCUUCCUGAAGAAAACCUCCAAAAAACUCGCAGCUGUUCUGCAAACCAAGCUCAGCCCCGUGCUGCAGAGGAACUCCAAAGAGGAGGGCAAGGACGAGUGACGCUCGCCGCUGCUCGGUGGGAAUGAAGUUUACACGCAGGACUACAGAUCUUAUUUUUCUAAGAACUAUUUUGAAAGGAAUGCCUGAAAUUAAAGGGAUGUUUUUGUUAACGGGACUCUUGAUGUUGGUAAAACCUCAGUUUGACAGAAAUAUUCCCAUUCAGGCUUUUUUUUUUUAUGUGGCCAAUAAAAAUGGAAUGCUUGCAAAGGCUGUCGCCUCUCGGAUGGAGUAUUUAAUGAACUGACAUUUGGGCAGCCUGUUUUCUGUCAGGUCCGAACACCCCUGACAAAUGAGAGUUCACCUUUCCCCAGGUGUAUUUGUGUUUUGUAAAGUGAGUAACUGCUACCUCCCAUGCAAAUUACUUAUGAGAGGUUUGGGUGAAAAUGUUGGGCAAGAGUGCUGCUGGUACACAGUUCUAUGCAAUUGAAUUAAUUUACAUGCCUUAAGAACAGGAGUACAUUGUAUCAUCCAGUGAGUUACAAAGUGCAAGUAUCUCAGCUCUGCCCCCUGCGCAGCCUGCUAACAAUUUAUGGAAGUGUGAUCCAAGGUGAGUUGAAACUCUUCCCAAAGGAUGCAGAAUGUUUUCUUCUCAAAAUUUCUCCACUAUUAUUCUAGGGCAGA